AUGGCCACAAACGUCCACCAGUGGAAGAUCCAUGUGUCCAUAACCAGAAACACGCAGCCGGACCUUGAGGCCCUACGAAACACGCGGCGCUACCGUAAUGCCCUGAGAAAGGCGCAGCGCUACCGUAACGCUCCGAAAAACCCGCGCAGCGCUGCCGCAAUGCCCCUAAAAAUCGCGCAGCGCUACCCGGCCACGGCGCUGGAGGCGCGAGCCAUGACAGCCCCUCGGGUGCGGGGCACGGCGGAGCUGCUGGGAGCCCUGGUCUUGGUGGCCACCGUGGCGUGCUCGGCGGCGGACGUGACGCGCGUGGUGGGCGGCAUGGACUGCAGGGCCUACUCGCAGCCGUGGCAGGUGGCCAUCCUGGACAUGUACAAGCUCUACUGCGGCGGCGUGCUGGUGGCCAACCAGUGGGUGGUGACGGCAGCCCACUGCACCACGCCGGGGGUCACCAGCAUCCGCCUGGGCAAGCACAACCUCUUCACCCGGGAGUCGGGCGAGCAGCUGAAGCGGGUGCUGAAGUCGGUGCCGCACCCUGACUACGACCCCACCACCAAGGACAACGACAUCAUGAUGCUGAAGCUCGUGACGCCCGUCACCAUCACCGAGAAGGUCCAGCCCGUACCUGUGGCCGAAUGCCCCCCGCAGCCUGGCACCUCCUGCGUCACCUCGGGAUGGGGAGCCACCACCUCCCCAGAAGUCACUUACCCGGACGUCUUGCAGUGUGUCACCGUCACCAUCUUCUCGACAGCCACGUGUCAGCAGUUAUACCCCGGGCACAUCACCGAGAACAUGCUUUGCGCCGGGAGCCUCGAAGGCGGUAGGGACUCCUGCCAGGGCGACUCCGGGGGACCUCUGAUUUGCAACGGGACCCUGCAAGGCAUCGUGUCCUGGGGCAUGGAGAAAUGCGGGCAGCCCAAGAGACCCGGAGUCUACACCAAGGUCUGCAGAUUCGCCCAGUGGAUCCAGGCCACCAUGAGGGACAACAAGUGA